AAUUGAAUGGACACAUCAUUCCAGCUUCUGCUGAGCUUGUGCCUUCAUAGAUAUCAGACAAGAAAAACAUCAUACAAACUCAGAUUUGUGUUGGAACCUCAAUGUCGUGUUGAAAACGCCUCAGUAUCCACCUGCCCUCAUUAAUCUAUUAAUUUGUAUUAACCAGAGUGCUGUCCUGGGUAUCUGUGGGUGUCCAAAGUAUAUCUGGCCCAUCUACUGCCCUGUGUUCAAGAGCUCUGAUAUUGAGUCAGGAUGGCAGCAACUAUCAUUCCUCUAAUAUAUGUUCAGUCUUCUCUGUACCCACUGUCUCCUAAGAAAGGACAGAUGGGGAAAGAAGGGCUAGCCAGUGAGUUCUUGACAAGUUUGUUACAGGAAUUGGUGUCCUUCGAAGAUGUGACUGUGCAGUUCACACAGGAGGAGUGGGCUCUGUUGGAUCCUUUACAAAGAACUCUGUACAGGAACGUAAUGCUGGAAAACUGGAAGAACCUGGCCUCAGUAGGACAACACCUUGAUAAACCAAAUCUGAUAUCUCAGUUGGAACAAGAAGACAAGGCUAUAACAGAGAACAGAGGAAUUAUUCCAGGCAUUCUUCCAGAUUUGGAGACUAUACUUAAAGCCAACUGGCUAACUCCCAAGAAUCAUAUUUUUAAAAAACUACAUGCGAACAGUGGAAAAACAGUAAAAUUGGAGGAAAGAGGUCGUCACGGAAAGAAAGUCAAUGAAUGCAAUCAAUGUUUUAAGGUCUUCAGCACAAAAUCUAACCUCACUCAGCACAAGAGAAUUCAUACUGGAGAAAAACCAUAUGACUGUACUCAGUGUGGAAAAUCCUUCCGAAGCAAAUCUUAUCUUACUGUUCACAGAAGAAUCCAUAAUGGGGAGAAACCUUUUGAAUGCAAUCACUGUACGAAAGCAUUUAGCGAUCCCUCGUCCCUCAGACUUCAUGUAAGAAUUCACACUGGGGAAAAGCCCUAUGAAUGCAACCAGUGUUUUCAUGUCUUUCGUACCAGUUGUAACCUCAAAAGCCACAAAAGAAUUCACACAGGGGGUGAAAAUCACCAUGAGUGUGCUCAGUGUGGAAAGGCCUUCAGUACAAGAUCCUCGCUCACUGGACAUAAUAGCAUUCAUACUGGAGAAAAGCCAUUUGAGUGCCAGGACUGUGGGAAAACCUUCAGGAAGAGCUCGUAUCUAACCCAGCACUUGAGAACUCACACUGGCGAGAAGCCCUAUGAAUGUAGUGAGUGUGGGAAAUCCUUCAGCAGCAGCUUUUCUCUGACUGUACACAGGAGAAUACAUACUGGAGAGAAGCCAUAUGAAUGCAGUCACUGUGGAAAAGCUUUUAAUAAUCUCUCAGCUGUGAAGAAGCACGUAAUGACUCACACUGGACAAAAGCCCUAUGGAUGUGACCAUUGUGGAAAAUAUUUCACCAGUAACUCCUACCUCUCUGUGCACAAAAAAAUACAUAAUAGAUGGAUAUGAAUUGUGGUGAGAAAUUCCUAGGUGAAUUUCUAUGCAAAACUUUGUUGACCCUAAAAUAAUUUGACAGAAUUUACAUCAGGUGUAUAUAUUAUCUAUUGCUCUGUAUAUUUCUCCUCUCAAAUUUUAUGGCUUCAGACAUAUACCUCAGAUUUUGUAGGUCAGGAACGUGAAGGCAUCUUAGUUCUGUAGUGAUUUCUCAGGACUUCUUAUGAGCUUACAUUCAAGACAUCAACCAUAUCAGCAGUCUUCUAAACUUAUUGAAGGAACCACUUCUACGAUGUCUCACACACAUGCCUAGUGAUAUUUCACUGGUUACUGACAGGAAACCAUCAGUGCCUCACCAUGUAGACCUCUCUGUGUGAUUAUGUAUCUUUAUAAUAUGGCAAAAGAACAACUCCCCACCCCCAAGUGUUCCAACAUAGCCAAUUUAAAAAGAAGUAUCCUUUAUGACCUUGGCCCCAGAACAUUGUUUCACUUCUUCCCUGUUAUGCUCUCAGUCACAGUCCAAACUUGAU